GUCCGCCCUCUCGCCAGCUGCGGUGCCUUCGCCUCAGAUUUCUCCUUUUUGACCCCCUCGCUUUUUAAACAUAACGUGUUUACAUUUUGAACAAAACUAAGCAGGGCGAAUCCUGGAGGGAGCUUGUCCGGUGACCGUGCUUGACCGAGGUGAUCUCGCCAAUGGACUGAACUAAAGUGUAGGAUCUUCAUGGCGGGCAGCAGGCACAGCAAGAUGGCAGGUUAUGGCGCCCUUCUGCUAGUAGCAUGCGUGCUCACACCCACCCUGGCGCUGAUUCCCACCCUCAAGAACAAAACGUGUCCAUAUGGUGACUACCUCACUGAAACAGGGAUAUGUUGCUACAAGUGCUCUCCAGGUUUUAAGCUUGUGCACAUGUGCCUCGCUGAGGGGAUGAGGAGUAACUGUGCACUGUGUCCUGAGGACCAGUACACGGACGAAAUGAACUAUUCUCCCAAUUGUAUGCGAUGCAAGCAUUGCAAAGAGUCAAAGAAUGAAGUGCAAGUGUCCAAAUGUGAAAGGCACAGAGACACUAUCUGCCGCUGCAAGGAUGGUUAUUACACAUUCGUCAUCGACUCCGAGACGUCCGAGUGUCGCAAAUGUUCUCAGUGCGGUCCCAAUGAGAAGGAAGAUCAAAAAUGCACAUCGGAGAGGAACACGGUAUGCGAGUGCAAGGAGAAGUACCACCGAGUGAAAAGGAAAUGUGAGCCAUGCAAGACUUGCACAACGGAUUGCAAACACCUUUGCAAGUCGCUUCCUUCCAGCAAUCCUACAGCUGUUGAGGAGAGUGGAAAUGGAUUCCUUAUCAACGUACUGGCUGGAGUGGUGGCUGCGGCUUUGGUCUUGCUUCUGCUGGUCUUCCUUGUAACCUACAAGGCCACGAAAAGCUGCACAAAAAAGAGGCUGCUCAAAGUCACCACGCCAGAAUUAUAUGAGACGCUGGUUAGGCACACGGAAGCACCAAGCAGUAGCAGCAGCAACAGCGACAUGGCUGUUCCUCAGAACACUGUACUUGAAAUGGACCCAACUGUGUUGCCUGACUGUGUCCCUCUGGAGGUCAAGAUCAGCGAUCUCAUCAACACGCUGCUCGAGGUGGUUCCUGUGCAUCAGGUCAAGCAGUUGGUGCGGUCCCUUGGUGUGUCAGACAAUGUCAUUGAAACAACCAUACUGGACCACCGCUACGCCAGGGAGGCCCACUACCAGAUGUUCAGAGUUUGGGCCGAGAUGGACUCGCUAGGUGGCGGCGGCGGCGGUCGCGGUGGAAUGCUGCACUCGGCUAUGCUGCAGAAGCUGCUGCACAAUCUUAGACAGAUGCAGCUGGGGAAGGCGGCCGAGGAGCUGGAGACAAAGUACAGCAUUCAGUAACGCUCUGAUGUGUGCCAAGUGGGAUAAAAAAAAAAAACACACCUGAAUCUACGUUAUUGUUCUCAAAGACAGUGUGAGAGAUUGUCCACGAUAGACACAGUUGUUGCACACGGACCUAGACGGCUUUUGUGGACAAAUGAGCUCUCUACCUCUCAUCCUGCCAUCUCUGGGUUGGAUUCAAACUACUGAGACAGAUCGAAUGGCUCAAGACGCUUACUGGAUUUAAAGGUGGACUAUGCAGAGCACAGUAAACAUGAAGCUGAUACCAGUUGAAUGUUGGCAGCGUAGCACACAGUUAAGACCAAAAUGAAUCACACACCAACUAUGUGUGGAAUUUUUAUUUGAUGAAUAUGAAUCUUUUGGCUGGAAGUGACACAAGAAGGAAUAUUAAUUUAAUCUUCAUCUUUGGCUAUCAAAAUGGCCCUCAAGUCUGUUCUGUUUACACUUCAUGAAAAAAAAUGCAGAAAAAAAUUGCAGCAUUUUUGCAGUAGUCCAAAAAAGAAAUACUUUAGUAUAGUCCUUAAAUCUAUAGCAAAGGUAACACACUUUUUAAUAGGAUAGGAUUCAAUUUAUUUUCUUUACACAUGCUCAAAUACAGGGCAACGAAAAGUUGUAGCAUCCGAUCCAGAAGUGCAUUAUAAUAAUAAUAGACAAUCUGACUGCUGUCGCCUCUGUUGAAUAGACCAUCGACUGUAUGUUUGUGGGCAGGAACAAUCAUUUUUAUUUGCACACUGCUUGCUGCCUUGGUAAUAAACAAUGUUCCUGUCAAAUAGACAAUCUACGUUAGCAGGUAGGACAAUCACUUCUGUCUUUUUGCACAGUUUUUGCUGCCUAACUGGUAAGCAAGUCUCUUAUUUUAAACCACCAAUAGUGGAAAACAACAAUUGAAAAAUGCACGGGCCAGUGUGAUCUUGUUUUGUUUAAGAAAACCAAAAACACUAAAAAGCAAUCAAAUUCAAUAUGUAAGCUUUGCUAUGCUCACUGUUUUUGUGACCUUAUUCUUCUUUUGACUUCAUAAUUGACCUGUACGAUGUUUUGAUGCAUGCCGUGUUUCAUUUUAUUGUUAGAAUAUGCCAAGGGCCAACAAAAAAUGUGGUGCAGUCCGCACAUGGCCCCCGGGCUGCACUUUGGACAACAUUGUUGUAGAUGAUCUUUGACUUUUGGCUCAUCAAUGUUAGUUGGCCAGACGAUCACUCCUGAAGGUGCACGUACGGUUUCUGUUCUCUCUUGGUAUUCCCCGGUUCUAGAUACUAGCGGGUUCUAGGAUAAUUUUAAAUUGUGCAAAAAUUAGCAUUUCCUCUAAAAAAAAGAAAGACAAAAGAAUUUUGCCACUUUCCAGCUAGAAGGUACCCUUCAACACAAAAUGAACUCAUAUGGACAGACUAUGAAUCCUUUUGGUUUUAAUUGUGUGAUUCAAACCCUGCCUGGUAUAUCUCAAACUCUCAUUGUAUGUCUGGAACUUGGUUUUCUCAUCAAACGAAUGAAGCAAUGUGGUGCAGUACUUGGUUACAAACAGCGGAGGUGCUGUUGUUUCACUCAGUGUAUACGUGUUUAAAAAAAUUGCCAAACUUCCUCAUUAACGAAAUGUAGUCAGUGAGUACGUUCUCUUCAAACUAUCAGAGGUAAUAGUUCUACACUACACUAUUCAACCAUAUCUGACCCAAAUAGCUGAGUUCAAAGGUCAACUGGAUGCAAAUUGUUGCAGUUGUUGUCACCGUCCCCUUUUCUGUCAUUUGUCUUGAAGCGAGCGGGUUUACUUUUUAAUGUGGGAAGCACAGGAAGCACUCGAUCUGCCUGUAGCGUUCCAGCUCAUUCUUCUGUAUGUGUAACUUUUUGUGUGUAUAGUAAUUCCAUAUUGGACUAAUUCCAUUGUACAGCAUGCACUUUUCAACUGAACUGUGUGUUUUUGUUUUUUUUUUAACUACUGUAUAUCACAUCCCAGAGAGACAUGAUGACUUCCCAGUGUGAAUCGGGGAAAAUCCCUCCUGUUUUCCCAGAUGUCCUCCUCCACCUUGUCAACAUUCCUUUAGGCCCCAUCCCUAUUCAAGCAUUAUUCAUAGCCUUUAAUGGGAAGCAGGGCCACGCCUCGUUUCAGCCCAUCAUACCAAUCUCUGCCUGCACCGACUUGUAAAGGUGCCAAGGUUGUUCCUCACACACUUUAUGCAUUACACUUUAAUGUGGAUUUUCCCCAGCAUGAGUGUUGCAGCGAGGUUCUUUAUGUUUUCAAUAAAGAAAAGGUCAAGUGCA